GAGUCGUCUGAAAUACAGUGGGUCAUUCCGCUGAGAGGGGAAAGAGGUUCCUGUAUCUUGCUAUGACGCGCUCGCGCUGAUGUUUGUGUGUGCUCACUGUGGCGAAGGAGAACCGAGGGGUCCACACAGUACACAAAAGGAAUAGCUGUCCGCAGACGCAACGUUAACGCUACUCUUCAAGAUAACGCACAAUGGAUGAAGAGGAGCAGUUUGUGAACAUUGAUCUGAAUGAUGACAAUAUCUGCAGUGUCUGCAAGCUAGAGACGGAAACAGGGACCAUGUCUUUCUGCCAUGUCUGCUUUGAACUCAGCAUUGAAGGUGUCUCCUCUGCUACCUUGUUGCACUCAAAGUCCUUGCGCGGCCACAGAGACUGCUUUGAGAAAUGCCACCUCAUCGCCAACCAGAAGCUGUCACGUUCCAAGGUCUCCCAAAGUGCCUACGAGGGCAUGAAGCUGGCCUUCAGCCAGAAAUUGAACCGCAUCAUCCAGUAUGCCCAGAACAAAGACUCUGUCUCCUCCAAUGGCCCCAGCAGACGAGGGGCCAAGCUUCUUUGUUACAGCCAGCAGAGUGACCGCAAGCUGCUGCCCCAGUCGGAUGCCCAGGUGCCCCGCUACACGCCCUGCUGGGACAGGGGCAAGGCAACAGGGCUGCCUGAUUACACCAUGGGGAUGUUGGAGUGCCACACAGUGGAAGAGCUGGUGCAAUCCGAUAGCUGGAAAGGUCUACACAGCCGGAACCAAUUGUCAGGAGGAGGUCAGAGACAGCACAGGCACCUGGGCCACAGCAGAGAGGAAUUGACUAAAAUGAGUGUGGACGAACUCCAUCAGCUGAACUCCCAGCUACUGAUGCAGAUUCAAAAGGUCUUUGAGGAGCUGACUGGGGUAGUGCAGGAAAAAGACUCGUUGGCGUCGGAGCUGCACGUGCGUCACAUCGCCAUCGAGCAGCUCUUUAAGAACUGUGCCAAACUGCCCUGGCUGCACAUUAGCAGGGCCGGGGUCAAGGCCAGCAGCAGCAGCAGCGGCCCUGUGGAGUGAGGUGGGGCUUCUGUUCUGUCUCUGCAGCUGUCCAGGAAGCUAGACAAACACUUCAAAGAGCCUUUAUGUAUAUUGAGUGACUUUUACGACGCUAAGGUGACGUUGAGUUGUUAGAUCUGCUUUAGAGCAGCAUUUAGGGCUGGGUUGACAUGGCCUCUGUUCUCGUGGUUGCAGUGAUGAUGCAAGGAUUAAUGGUGGUUUGCGGUACAAAACAAAUUGCUGGUCUGGCAUGCGGCCUGAAUCCCACCCAUCUCAUGUAGCCAGGAUGCAUGUUAAUACCAAGUGGAAUGGGGCUCAGAGUUUCCUGGCCCCGGUACACGGUGAGGACGUGUUCAUAUUGGGCAUGAUCCAUAUAGAACAUCUCUUAAGAUUUACCUUAAUAUAGACUGAACAACAGUUUGUUGGCAUACUUUUACAGAAACGAUUGCGGUUUUUCUUUUAUUUUGUUUAGUUUGCUGUUGAACAUUUCUGUUUCAGUUGUUUUCAUUUUCUGUAGAUACAUUUUCAAGUUCUUUUUUUUUACCUUCCCAUGUCAGACGUGGAUAUUCAAAUAUGGGUUUUAGCACUGCUUAAUACUCCUCUAUAUGUUAUCUGAUGGUUCUCUGUAGAAAGUGGUGAAGUACAGUAUUUUAUAACGUAGCUUGGUGCAGAAUACUUGAUGCAGAUUAGCUGGAUGAUGUCUGUCGUAUUUAUAGCACCAGCCACUGCCAGCAGUAGUGUC